CGUAACUCGACUGGGUCGUCUCGGUAUUCAAUCUCACAUCGGCCCCUUCAUCCUCUUACGGAUACAGAUGGACACCUUCGGUUACCACUGGACUCUGUAGUCCUGCUUAGAUUUGAAGCUCGUCGGCAGCGCCUUAUGUGCCGGAGCACCCACCAUCGCUUUCGAUGUUCUUCUCCUCGGAAGAUGCAUUCAAGGAGUUGCCUGUGCCGCUAUCAGUGUAUUGUUCGCGUUAUUCUGGCGGACAAAGUCUCCCUCGAAGAGAACGCAAGGGACUGGAGCGUUUUCGGCUUACAGCUGCCGCUUCAUAUGGACUGGGGCCCGUCAUUGGCAAAUACGUGACGUCUGCCGACUGGUGACGGUGCUUUGGGAUCAACCUACCUAUCGCGUUUGUCGGCAUCUUCGUCGUCUUCUUCCUCCUUCGAAAGGAGUCAUGAGCAUUGAUGCAGGUGGGCCAGCUCCUUUUACUGUUCAGAUUCG